UGCAGUCGCCGGUUAUGACGACUCCCUCAGCCCGAGCCGCCGCCGCCGCCGCCUCCGCAGCCCCGGCUUCCCAGGCUCCAGAUUUUAGAUACCUGAAACAUCGCAGCAACUUCUGGGUGGUUCUGAGGAUUAAAGAGGUUUGGAGGUUGCUAUGUUUAUGCUGCUUGUCUUUGGAGCACUGCUUCCUGAGGUCCCCCUGAGUGGCCAAGACAAGGCUCCUCCCCAGGCUGAUGGCAUUCCAGCCACCCCUCUGUUCAACUAUGCCAGCCUCCGCCUGCCGGAAGAGCAUAUUCCCUUCUUUUUGCACAAUAACAGGCAUAUUGCCACAGUCUGCAGGAAAGACUCACAUUGUCCUUAUAAGAAACACUUAGAAAAUUUGAAGUACUGCUGGGGUUAUGAGAAAUCCUGCAGACCAGAGUUCAGAUUUGGUUACCCUGUUUGCACCUAUGUGGAUAUGGGAUGGACGGACACUCUUGAAUCAGCCCAGGAAAUAUUCUGGAAGCAAGCCGACUUCGGAUAUGCGGGAGAGCGUCUGGAAGAGCUCCAUGUGCUCUGCCAGCCGAAGGAAAAGAAUGACUCAAGUCUGGUGUGUUCCCGUUACCUUCAGUACUGUAGAGCCACCAAUAUCUACCUUGAUUUAAGAAACAUCAAGAGAAACCAUGACAGAUUCAAGGAAGAUUUUGUCCAUAGUGGGGAAAUUGGAGGACACUGUAAGCUUGACAUUCGUUCAUUGAUGUCUCAAGGUCAGCGCAAAAGCCCUCUGCAGUCCUGGUUUGCGGAGCUACAGAGCUACACUGAACUCAACUUCAGACCUGUAGAAGAUGCUCAGUGUGACAUUGUUAUUGAAAAACCAACCUACUUCAUGAAACUAGAUGCAGGUGUUAACAUGUAUCACCACUUCUGUGAUUUCAUCAAUCUUUACAUUACUCAGCAUGUUAACAAUUCCUUUAGCACAGACGUGUACGUCGUGAUGUGGGACACAAGCUCCUAUGGAUAUGGUGACCUGUUCUCCGACACAUGGAAAGCAUUUACUGAUUAUGAUGUUAUACAUUUGAAAACUUAUGACUCCAAAAGGGUAUGUUUUAAAGAAGCUAUUUUUUCCUUACUUCCCCGGAUGAGAUACGGGCUGUUCUAUAACACCCCUCUGAUCUCUGGGUGUCAAAAUACCGGGUUAUUCAGGGCAUUUUCCCAGCAUGUACUGCACAGACUGAAGAUCACACAAGAGGGUCCCAAGGGUGGAAAAAUUCGAGUGACCAUUCUUGCACGGAGCACAGAGUAUCGGAAAAUACUGAACCAAAAUGAGCUUGUAAAUGCACUGAAAACAGUAUCUACAUUUGAGGUCCAGAUUGUUGAUUAUAAGUAUAAGGAACUUGGGUUUUUAGACCAACUGAGAAUCACGCAUAACACAGACAUAUUUAUUGGAAUGCAUGGAGCUGGUCUUACCCAUUUACUUUUCCUUCCAGACUGGGCUGCGGUGUUUGAACUGUACAACUGUGGAGAUGAACGUUGUUACUUGGACCUGGCUAGGCUGAGAGGUGUCCAUUACAUCACUUGGCGAAGGCAGAACAAAGUCUUUCCUCAAGAUAAGGGCCACCACCCAACUCUGGGGGAACAUCCAAAGUUUACCAACUAUUCUUUUGAUGUAGAAGAAUUUAUGUACCUUGUCCUUCAGGCUGCAGAUCAUGUAUUGCAACACCCAAAGUGGCCAUUUAAGAAAAAACAUGACGAGCUAUAAAUGUGUUGAGUCUUUUUGCCAAAGGGGAGUUUUUGAGCAGUCCCACACCCAGACUCACCUCACAGUUAAAUAGGUAAAACAGCCUGUUAUCUCCUAGCCCCAAAUCACCUUUUUUUUUUUUUUUAAUACCAGUACAAUGCCUUCAGGAUAUUACUUAUGUCUUUUAUAGCUUUUAAGUGUUUUGUUUGAUUUUUGUGUCAUUGCUAUUUAUCAAGAUACUAUUUUUGCACUGAAAACUUUACUUUUUAUAGUUCAAAAAUUGGGCCUGGGCUCACUGGUAUCAUUGAGCCUUUUUCUUAGGGAUGCCAAAGUUUGCAACUUUCUUAGUUUUAGAAUUUGUGUUUUUGUAGAAUACCAUGAGAUCAUCAUUUUAGAGGCUUCCAACUUGAUAUGUUUGAGUAAAAUCAUGACUCAUCUAUUUGCCAUAGUUUGUUCAUAGCACUGUUCAUAGUUGGACAGGAAAACAUGCAACACACCCAUGCAUACGUGCACACACACAUUCACACGGUUGUGGUUUUCAGUACCAAUCUAUAGGACUGUGUUAUAGAUCAAACAGUAUUAUAAAUAGAUCUGUUUUCGUCUUAUCAGAGUCCAAACUUAGUCCCAAUGAAUUCUCUGUUAUAUCCUUAUAGUCAACGCCAGGUUAUAUUCAUUCAGAACCUGAAUAAAUCAUGCUGUUUCCUUAAGUCAUAUUCAUAUAUUUCAUAUGCAAAUCAUGUUUUCCCCACAUGUAACAACCACAUAUGAUAAAAACAAAUGAGAGUGUUCUUUAAAACAGUUUUUUUUUUACGUAUCUUCUAGCUGAUUUCCACCGGCUCCUUCUUAGCCGUGGAGAGCAUUUAUGUAUGAAACAGUGGUUUCAUUGUGCACAUAUUUGUAAGUGCAUAUACUUGUGUGUAUCUGUCUACCUCUUUUAGCAUGGAAAUAUUCCAGUGUUUGAUUUUGCAAACUACAAAUUAGCCACAAGAAGAGAUUUUUUUUUCCCCUAUAAGAAAAAUAAAGGCAAAAAAGGGUAAAGACACAUGUGAAUUAGCCAGUUCAAAAUGGAUAAGAAGCCAUAACAGAGUGCCGUAGAUUAAAAAGUGUAUCUGACAGCCACCCUACUCCCUCAAUGAGAUUCACUUCUUACUGUUUAUGAACCUUCAAUUUAGUGGUCGGAAACCAUGGAUUUAUUUUAUUUCAAAAUGUGAAGUUUACAUUUUAUUAACACUUGAGUAAUCUCAUUUAGAGACUAGCAACUUCUAUUUUUUUAAGUAAGGGAUUAACAAAGUACAACAGAGCUAAAAUUUUUUUUAUGUUUUAGAGUAGUUAAAAGAAAAAAGAAUAUACAGAAGACAAGUGACCUGAGAAUCCUAAAAUAUUUAUUAUCUGCACCUUUACAGAACACAUUUGCUGACUCCUGCUUUAAAGGAUUAUCAACAGUCUUCUAGAGUUUAGGAAUAUUUAUUAAAAUAUCUGUAAAUGAGUUAAUGAAUCACGGUAGCAGUAGCUUUGAUUUGAGACCUUGACAAUAUUUAAAAAGACUCACAAUAUGGUUUUUGAAAUGAUUGGUAUUGCUCCUGUUCUUUGUCCAAAACACUGAGUAACUGCUGAGAAGAUUAUUCACAUGAAAAGAAUUGUCAAGGCUAUGUUGCAUGUUUAGUCAGAGAGGCAGAAACAUCUAAAAAAAAAAAUGGCCUGAAAAAAAAAGGUUUCAGCAUUUAUCUUCUUACCUCAUUUUAAGAAGUGUUUGGGAAUGUGAUUCUGUAGAUGAGCAAGUAUUUUAGACACUGAAAACAAUUUCAUAAUAAAAUGUUACAUUUGCAUAUUUCACAAAGAAACAGUACAUUUUAUAGAAAUGAGGAUAUACUAGGUACUUUAUGUAAUUCACUUUUAUCAGACUUUCUUUUUUUGAUGGGAACAAAAGAAGGUCUUCAAAUUGUUAUAAAAUUUAAAAUGUAAAGACUGCUCUUUUUAUUAAGUCUUUGAAAGAGAUGUAUGUCAUUGUUUGUACAUUUGGGAUAUGGCUUUGGAAUAAAUCUUUUUAUAUUUUAUUUGAA